AUGACUUGGUUUACCAAAUCUGCCAAUCAGAAUAAUUUAUUUGCCAUGAAGAAAUUGGCUCAAUUGUAUGAUAUUGGUGAUGUAAUUCCAAGAAAUGUAAAUGAAGCAUUCAAAUGGUGUUUAAAUGCUGCAGAAUUAGGUGAUUCUGGUAGUCAAUAUGAUGUUGCUGCCAUGUAUGAAUUUGGAGAUGGUACUGAAAGAGAUUUAUCCAAAGCUUUUGAAUGGUAUUCCAAGUCAGCUCAUCAAAAGAAUCCCCAAGGUGAAUUCCAAGUUGGAUUAAUGUAUUGCUUGGGUAAACAUGUGGAAAAGGAUCUCAGUAAAGGUUUGGAGUUUGCAUUGAGAGCUGCUGAACAAGGAUUGUCAAAAGCUCAAUACGUUGUGGCUGACAUGUAUCCUAAGAGUGGAGUACUUGGGUAA